AACAACGACUGUGACUUGCGAAAUGGAGGAAGGAGCCGAGAAUAAGGCUCAGCCCUCCAAGUGGAAGGUUUUGUUUCCUCCUCAAACCAAAAUAUCGAUAAGCGGGGAAGCGUUGACAACAGCGGGCUGGAUAGUAAACAAGAGGCCACGGGAGACUUUGUAAAAUGCAGUCUUGGUAGGAUGAUUACUAAUCACGAAGACGAUGAGUUUGUUGCUGUGCGAGUCCAAGAUCCCCGCAUUCAGAACGAGGGUUCUUGGAAUUCAUACAUCGACUACAAAAUAUUCCUACAUACUAACAGCAAAGCCUUCACGGCCAAGACGUCCUGUGUUCGCCGGCGCUACAGUGAGUUUGAGUGGCUCAAGAAAAAGCUGCAGAAGAAUGCAGGCCUGGUUCCAGUCCCAGACCUUCCUGGAAAAUCCUUCUUCUUCUUCAACAAUGAAACCUUUCUGGAGAAAAGACGGAGAGGACUUCAAGCCUUCUUAGACAAAGUGCUGCACACCACAGUCUGUCUGUCAGACAGCCAGCUCCACCUCUUCCUGCAGACCCAGCUGCCGGUUGGUCACAUCCAGGACUGUGUCCAGGGCCUCACACCGUACUCUGUAACGGACGCCAUCCUCACCUACGCCUCCUCCAAUCGAGGGCUGGCUCAGGCUCAGCAGGAGGACUCCAUCAGGGAGCCCAGUCUGACUGUUUCUUAUGAGUCAAUGGAAAGUCCGGCACCUCACCAGCCUUCCCUACAACCGAACACAACAAUUAACUCUAAACCAGCCCCAGGUGGAGAUUCAGACCCUCUGGAAGAUAUAUCGGAGCUCUGUGAGCAGAAACCAGAUGAAACGCAGCACAGGGGACACGCCUCUAUAAGGAUCUCCCAGAAGAGCAACCAGCUGGAGGCCGUUGUUGAGGAGUAUGGCUCCACACAGGCCUCAUUCUAUCUGGGUGAGAUCCAGGAUGAUUCAGCGAGCCUCAGCCCUGCAGAACAAAGCUGUGUGAUUCAGACUCCUGUAGAAGUGCACUCACCCAUGGGGACAGGCUACGAAGACAGCUAUGAAGGGGACAGUGUCUUUGAAGACAAUACCGAAGAAAGGAAAAAAUCAGAGUCUGAAAUUUGUGUGGAUUUUGACGAUGUUUUGGCUGUGAAAGAUAAUAAUGAGGAAGUUGUAGAAAGCCAUGCUGCAUCAGAAAACCUCUCUGAGGCUUGUAAAGGUCACCUAGCAGAUGUCAAACCGGAUAACGAAACAGAGUCAGAGAGCAAAGAAAGUGACGAAUCAGGAGACAAAGAGGAGACGCCCCUUCAGUCAAUAAUUCAUGAGGAGAGUUGGAAUGUGAUUAGUGAACCAGAGGUGGAUCUUAGUGACUCACGACAUCAAAUGCAACAAGAAGAAACUGAAAACGAGGACAGCCACUCGCUGCCGUCUUCCAAUGAGAGCAUCAUCAGGUGCAGUGAGGAGGAAAGUUUAGGCGAGGAAACAGAGGACUCGAUGCAGGUGAAGUCUCCUGAUGUCAGUAACUGGUCAGAAGUGGAGGGCUCUAGUAGUAACAUAUUUUACAUCAAUGGAGGUAAUGAGGACAAAGAGGAUGCUCAGAACUGGGAGGUUGAAGACCAGCAGUACACCACCAAGAGUAAAUCUCCUGAGCCUAAAUCUGCUGCAGCUGAUGUAGAUCUGACUGAAAACGGUGACUUUAGCAUUUUGGAGACCAUUCGUCAGUCUGGAGUAGAUGAUGGUAAAUUUACAAAACAGGAAGCAUCGGCAUUGAUACCGUUGGAGGGCUCAGAGGAGGUUUAGGAGGUGCCGGUACAUCAGUGAAAUCAAACUUACACUGGCUGAAUAAAAGCUGCUCCAUCAUACUGAGCCAGAACGAUGAAUCUUUAGUUUCUUCCAAAGGUACAUAAACAAGGCACACACAAAAUGUGCUGCUGCAUAUACAGUGCCUUGCAAUUGUAUUUAUAGACUUUUUUUUCACAUUUUGUUAUGCUCCAAACACCAACUUCUGUGUAUUCUAUUGGAAUUUCAUGUUAUAGACCAACACAAAGUAGCACAUCAUUGUGAAAUAGAAGGAAAAGGAAACGAGGCAUUCAACAGGUUUCACCAAUAAACAUCUGAGUAAUUGUGUGCGUUUGUAUUCAGAACUACCUUUUACUGCAGUUACAGCUGCAAGUCCUUUUGAGUAUGUCUUAUACCAGCUUUGCACAUAUAGAAACUGUAGGUCGAUUUAGGUCUGGACUUUGACUAGGCCAUUCUAGCACAUGAUUAUGCUUUGGUUUAAACGUUUCCAUUGUAGCUUUUGGCUGUAUGAUUAGUGUUUUACUGCUGGAAGGUAACCCUCACUCCUAGCCGAAAAUCUUUUUCAGCCUUUAGCAAGUUUUCUGGGAUUGUCCCGUAUUUCGCUCCAUGUUCCAAUCAACUCUGAGUAGCUUCCCUCUUCCUGCUGAAGGAAAUGAUCCUAACUGCAUAAUGUUGCCACUCCAUGAUGUGAUUAAUGCUCUCCUUGCUCCGUCUGCCAGGUUGACAUCUGUGCCAUACACCUCAAUUUUCAGGAUUUUCUGUGUCCGUUUCAGUUUUCUGUUUUAUAACCUAAUUCUGCUUUAAACUUCUCCACAACUUUGUCCCUGACCUGUCUGCUUUGUUUCUUGGUCUUGAUCAUGCUGUUUUUUGGCAACCCUUUACAUGUUAAUAAAGAUUAUGUAGAUAUAAAUGAA